GCCGUUUCACGCUCGGAUCUCUGUUCGAAGAAGCGAGGACGGUUUACAGGAAGCCGCGGGAAAUUAGAGUGGGAGGGACGAUAUAAAGAUGAGCGUCCGACGAACAAUCGGAAUAGAAGAAUCAAUCCCGACAUCAUGCUGAGAUAUCGAACGGUCGGGCUUUUCGCCCUGCUGGCCAUUGUCUGCGUUCAGGCGCAAGAUGAAGAAAUAAGAAUACCAAGGACGAAACGUAGUCCGCAUGGAUUUGAUCUAGAUCUGGGCAAAGCCCUCAGUGGCGGUGGUGGUUUAGGCGGAGGAUUCGGAGGUGGAUUUGGUGGAGGAUUCGGUGGUGGCGGUGGUGGCGGCGGCGGCGGCGGCGGCGGCGGCAGCGGCGGCGGCGGUGGUUAUGGAGGCGGUGGUGGUUUCGGAUCCGGCGGUGGAUUAGGCAAAGGAGGCGGACUUGGUGGAGGAUUAGGAGGCGGACUUGGUGGAGGAUUAGGAGGCGGUGGAGGAUUAGGAGGCGGUGGAUCUGGUUGCAGCACCGGACUGUGUGGUUCCGGGGCUGGAGGAGGACACGGAGGUGCUAGUGGCAAAGGUGGUGGAUGUAGCUCCGGAAAUUGCGGAGGUGCCGGAGGAGGAGGUGGCGCCGGAUCCGGUGCUGGAGGUGGAUACGGCAGCGGUGGUGGAAAAGGUGGUGGUUCUGGUGCCGGAGGAUUCGGUGGCGCCGGAUCCGGAGGCUAUGGUGGAUCCGGCGCUGGAGGAGGAUACGGCAGCGCUGGUGGAAAAGGUGGUGGUUCUGGUGCCGGAGGAUACGGCGGGACUGGUGCUGGUAGCGGUGGUUAUGGUGGUUCUGGCGCUGGCGCUGGAAGUGGUGGCUACGGAGGAGCAGGAUCAGGAUCAGGAUUAGGAUCAGGAUCAGGAUUAGGAUCAGGAUCAGGAUUAGGAUCAGGAUCAGGAUCUGGUGGUGUAGUAAAGACUGGAAGUUAUGGAUAUGGUGGUGCAGGCGCUGGGGGUGGUGCUGGCGCUGGAGGUGGCGCUGGCGCUGGAGGUGGUGCAGGCGCCGGAGGCGGCGCUGGGGGCUAUGGUCAUGGAGGUGCUGGUAGCGGGGGCUAUGGUAGUGCCGGCGCUGGUAGCGGUGGCUAUGGUGGUGCUGGAGGCGGAGGCGGCGGACGUGGAGGUGGUGGUGCCGGAGCUGGUGGACAUGGAGGUGCUGGUGCCGGAGGCUAUGGUGGUUCUGGCGCUGGUAGCGGGGGGUAUGGUAGCGCUGGCGCUGGUAGCGGUGGCUAUGGUAGUGCUGGAGGCGGAGGCGGAGGCGGUGGACGUGGAGGUGGUGGUGCCGGAGGUGGUGGACAUGGAGGUGCUGGUGCCGGAGGCUUUGGUGGUGCCGGAGCAGGAGGCAGUGCUGGGGGCUAUGGCGGUGGUCAUGGAGGCGCCGGUAGCAGUGGCUACGGUGGUGCUGGCGCUGGUAGCGGCGGCUAUGGCAGUGGUGGUACCGGUAGCGGCGGAUAUGGCGGAUCUGGUGCCGGAAGCGGCGGAUAUGGCGGAUCGGGUGCCGGAAGCGGCGGGUAUGGCGGAUCUGGUGCCGGAAGCGGCGGAUACGGCGGAGCUGGCGCAGGAGGCGGCGGAUAUGGCGGUUCUGGUGCUGGUGGUGGCGGAUAUGGCGGUUCUGGUGCUGGUGGUGGCGGCCUCGGCGGUAGCAAAGGCGGUUACGCAGGUUCGAGUGCCAGUGCGAACGCGAACGCGAAUGCGAACGCCUUUGCAAGCGCAAGCGCAAGUGCACAUGCGAAUGCACUUGCAGGUGCGAGCGCCUCGGCGAACGCGAAUGCGAACGCAAACGCCGGCGGUCUUGGAGGCCACGGGGGCUUCGGAGGAUACGACGGUUUAGACGGCCAUGGAGUCCCUCUGCUGAACCGGAUGGGCGAUAUCAACGAGGGCGCCAACGAGGGCGGUUCCGUGGACAAGGCGAAGGGUGUCUACAGUAGCAGCUCAGCGAACCUCGAUUCAUCUGGAAAAGGAACGUACAAAGUGUCAGCGGGCAAAGUGCCGUAAAUCAUCUCUGAAGAAAACCAGAUCGAUUCACGAUCGAUGACUUCCCUCGAAGUCGAGCAAGAUCGCAUCCGUGAUCAAUUGUAAUUUCUACUGUGAUUCGUACAUUUUUUAAGUCUCGAAAUAAUAUCUACGAAUUAAUUUUCGUAUCGUGUAUCACCUAAACGCGUGCUAUCAUUAUGCUUAACGUUCGCAAGCGAAUCUAGGACGAUGCUAACAUCCGCUUUAAAAGCGCAGCUGCGCGUUCUUUGUAAAUUGUACAACUCGAAUAAACAAUUAAUCCUUACA